CCAUGUGAUCAGCUUGUGUUAACCCGUCCCCUGCGAUUGGCACAGAUUUCCCCUUCACUGGUAGCCUGGUAACAUACACUCCCAGGUCUUUCUCUGCCUCUGUGGUGGAUAGUGGAGUGUUUCCCAUGUGGUAUUGGUGUGCUGGAUAUCCCUUCACUGGUAGCCUGGUAACAUACACUCCCAGGUCUUUCUCUGCCUCUGUGGUGGAUAGUGGAGUGUUUCCCAUGUGGUAUUGGUGUGCUGGAUAUCCCUUCACUGGUAGCCUGGUAACAUACACUCCCAGGUCUUUCUCUGCCUCUGUGGUGGAUAGUGGAGUGUUUCCCAUGUGGUAUUGGUGUGCUGGAUAUCCCUUCACUGGUAGCCUGGUAACAUACACUCCCAGGUCUUUCUCUGCCUCUGUGGUGGAUAGUGGAGUGUUUCCCAUGUGGUAUUGGUGUGCUGGAUAUCCCUUCACUGGUAGCCUGGUAACAUACACUCCCAGGUCUUUCUCUGGCUCUGUGGUGGAUAGUGGAGUGUUUCCCAUGUGGUAUUGGUGUGCUGGAUAUCCCUUCACUGGUAGCCUGGUAACAUACACUCCCAUGUCUUUCUCUGCCUCUGUGGUGGAUAGUGGAGUGUUUCCCAUGUGGUAUUGGUGUGCUGGAUAUCCCUUCACUGGUAGCCUGGUAACAUACACUCCCAGGUCUUUCUCUGCCUCUGUGGUGGAUAGUGGAGUGUUUCCCAUGUGGUAUUGGUGUGCUGGAUAUCCCUUCACUGGUAGCCUGGUAACAUACACUCCCAGGUCUUUCUCUGCCUCUGUGGUGGAUAGUGGAGUGUUUCCCAUGUGGUAUUGGUGUGCUGGAUAUCCCCUCACUGGUAGCCUGGUAACAUACACUCCCAGGUCUUUCUCUGCCUCUGUGGUGGAUAGUGGAGUGUUUCCCAUGUGGUAUUGGUGUGCUGGAUAUCCCUUCACUGGUAGCCUGGUAACAUACACUCCCAGGUCUUUCUCUGGCUCUGUGGUGGAUAGUGGAGUGUUUCCCAUGUGGUAUUGGUGUGCUGGAUAUCCCCUCCCAGGACUUUACAUUUUUCUUCAUUGAAUUGUAGCAGCCACUUUCUGAUCCACUCCUGUAGCUUGGUGAGGUCUUCUGGUAGGAAAUCCACACUGAAGGGGUUAUCCACUUCCUCGGCAGCUCGUUCCUAUCUCUCACAGUUGGUCAGUUAACGAGCAAUACAGAUGUUACGCAGAUUUUAAGAUAAUACCCUUAAUUUGCAGAACAUGGCUCCUUGCAAAACCUUAUAUUAUUUUACGAUAUUUGUUUUAUUACUCAUUUUAUUGUUGUAUUUCCUUAUGAGGCAUUGACAUCUUAGCAACGUUGGAGAAGGAGGAAUAAGAAAACGUAGAAGAGGGUGAGAAAGAGGAGGAAGAUGAGGAA